AGGUUCCCGGUGUCGCCAUAUGCAUCAUGGCGGCGCCCAAGCACGGUGGUCUCGAGAAAGCAGCUGUUGGCGUUUUGACAAGAGCUGUUGAGCAUGACCAAGCUUCGCGUUACACAUCUGCACUGGUAUGCUACCAGGAGGGAAUACAGCUGCUUAUGGACGCACUUAAAGAAACUUCAGACGCUAUCAAGCGAGAUCAUCUUAGGAAUCGGGCGAAGGAAUACAUGGACAGGGCCGAAAAAAUUAAAGAACAGGUUCGAAAGGAAAAGGCUGCUGGGACAUACCACGAGCAAAUCCAUAUCGAAAGCGGCUCUGCUGGCCAUAGUUAUGAUCAAACGUUCGGACAUUUACUGGAUGACAUGGUGACAUCCGUGGAGGUCGACGAUGCUUACGUUCGGUCGGUACACCAGGUUCAGAACUUUGUUCGUCUGUGUGAGCUGCUGAAAAAAAAGUGCCCAUGUUUUAAGCGAAUCAAGCUGACGACGGGACUUGAUCAGCGUGAUCAGCAGUCUCAGCUUGAUAGGUUGUCACAAGUCAAGGCUAGUCUUGCCGACAAUGGCAUCACCAUGGCUAUAGAGUAUUCUGAAACCCUGCAUGAUCGAGAAAUAAGGCUAGAUACUGGCUGGAUUAUCAAGAUAGGAAGAGGCCUGGAUUACUUUCGCCCAACUGCCAACAAAUUCAGUCUUGGGUUCUUUGACCAUGACCUCAGAACUUGUCAUGAGACAACCAUUGACAUUUUUCACAGAAACUAUGUGCAUACAUCAUAACAGUGCACUUGUUUUCAACAUCUUUUCUAUGUGCAUAAAUAAAUGUAUGAUUUUUUACAGAUA